CUAACCGCCUAUCGCAUGGCUGGCCCUAGCCCCUUACGAUGUACUGAAAGAACCCAUAGGUAUACCAGGGAUACUAAAGAGUACACCCUAUAAAGCCUUAUAAAUAACUUACUCCUCAUAAGUCUGCGACCCACAUUGCGGCCCUUCCGACGUGAACUCUGGUAGUCCUGCUUAACUUCAACUUUAUUAUUUUAGGUUGAUGAUUAUUAGCUCUUACUCUGCCUCCAAGGAAACGUAACUUUGUGCUUCUUUCGUCUUGCGGACCUGGACUAGCUAAUCCUGCCAGCGGGCAAGAGGCAACAAGGCAGCAGCAAGGCACCUUUUUUUAUAAAGGGUUUAGCAUAUAUACUUAUUGUGGACUGGGCCGGGCGCGCUUUCCGCUCGGUGCCAUGCUGAGAUACUAGCGGCGUCGGUAUAGCUGGGAAGGAGAGGGAACCACCUGAGAGCCGAAACCGGGCUGGAGCCAUGUUCUCUAAACCUGGCGCGACCCAGGUUCAGCCCCUGGCAGGGGCAGAUGACUUCUUUGGGCGCCCGGACAUGCACAACAACAGCGUCACCCAUGCGCGCAUGCCCACCAAGUGCAACUCCGGGAUGCUAGCACUGAAGGUGCCGGACCCGCCACAGUUUGCCCCUUCAGCGGUUUGCGCCAUCAGCGCCGACGGCAAAGUAGCAGCGGUGGGCGGCCGCGAUAUAGAGCUGUAUCUGUGGAACGUGGACAAUGGAGAGCUGCUGACUAAGAUUCGCGGACAUGAUAUCUUCUGGGUUGGCAGCCAUGACAACACCUUCUUCAUUACAUGUCAGGAAGAUGGCAAGAUCCUAAUGUGGGACCGAGCCGCCAUGCGCACCACCCUCACGCUGGGUGAGGUGCCGGACGGCAUCACGUGCUGCAACAUCGCCAAGGAGAACGACUUUGUCAUCGUGGGAAACUCCAAGGGCAACGUGUACAGCUGGGACACUGACACCGGCUCCGUGGCGCACCUGUACGAGGCGGGUCACAAGGGCCCGGUGCAGUACGCCAACGUGUACACCCUGCCCACCUACGGCCGCUGUGUGGUGUCGUGCGGAGCCAAGGAUCACACCGUGGUCGUGUGGGACCUGCUAAACGGUGAGCCGCGUGCCCUCAUCGAAAUCAAGGAGCUGGAGCACGCCAAGAACCUCAAGUACGACAUCACGCGUGACGGCGCACGUGUGGUGGUGUGGUGUACGGAUUCCGUACCCUUCCCGAACCUGGUGGUGGUGGACGUGAUGAGUCAGAACAAGAUCUCGGUGUACUGCCAUGAAGGCCUUGUACGACAGGCCGUGUUCACGCCCAACGGCGACCGCAUCAUCAGCUCCGGCAACGACAACAAAGUGCAGGUGUGGGACACCUUCAGUCUGGAGAACCUUGUAACAAUGACGGGCCACGAGGGCAGCGUGCUGUGCUGCGCGGUGAACGAGUUGGCUACUCGGGUGGUCAGCGGCGGGGAGGACUGCUCGGUGCGGCUGUGGAGUCUGGAGGACGGCAAGCAGCUGCUGGCGUUCCAGGCCCAAGACGAGCCCAUCAAGCAGGUGCAGUUUUCCACCUCGGGCCAGCGCAUCCUCUCCUGCGACGUCACCGGCCGCGUGUACGUCUGGUCCAUGCACGCGGAGUUCCUGACCAACCUCAUGCGGCGCUACGCGGACAACAUCUCCGCAUGCGCCAUGAGCAACGACAUGAAGCUGUGUCUGGUGGGCUGCAACAACGGGCGGGUGAUGCUGUGGGACGUGGAGAAGCGGGAGAGCGUGUGGGAGUACACGCACCACACGGGGCGGGUGGAGGCGGUGGCGUUCAACUGCACGCGGGACAUGUGCGCCACGGCGGGGGCGGAUGGCAGGAUUGUGCUGCUGUUCAGCGACACCGGCAAGCAGGCCAACUCCUUCAUCGGCGCGGAGGAGCCCAUGAUGAGUGUGCAGUUCUCCCCCGACGACGAGCGCAUCUCGGGGUGCGCCGCGGACGGCAAGCUGUACCUCUACCAGACGGCGGGCGCGGGCCGCAAGCCCAAGGUGGUGCUGCGCUCCUCUGUGGCGCGAAUCAACAACCACGUGUGGUCGCCCAACUCCAAGCUGAUUGCGGGGGCCUGCUCCGAUGGAACUAUGAUGGUAUGGAACUCCAGCACGGGUGGUAUCCACUCUGCCCUGGAGGGCGCCUCCGCGGGGGCCACCUGCUGCGGAUUCGACCUGAUCGGCAAGCUGCUGGCGGUGGGAACCGUGCUGGGCACCACCCUGCUGUACAACCUUGAGACCAGCGAGCUGCUGGUUGAGCUGCGCGGCAACCCCAGCCCGGUGAAGGAGGUGGUGUUCAACCAGGAGACCUCGCAGCUGACCACCAUGUGCAGCAGGCAGGCGGCGGUGUGGGACGUGGCGAAUGCGGCCAAGAUCCGCGUGUUUGACUUUGUGAUGGACAAGGCGGGCGACUUCAAGUCCCCGCCGCACCCCUACCGCUGGGCCGUGGCGCACAACAGCACCGUGCUGUUCGACCACGAGAGCGAGGCGCUGGUGCUGGACAUGCUCACCAUUGACGACCCGCUGCUGCGCUCGUACUACCUGUCAGAUGUGCAGACCAUCGCCAGCGGCUUCAACCACCGCAAGCUGAUGGUCUGGUCGGCCGCCGGCUCCUCCGCGCCCGACAAGUUCCACACCACCCACGAUGCCAUCACCUCGACGCACUUUUCCAAUGACGACAGGCUGGUGGUCAUGGGAACACAGGACGGCAACGUGGUCGUGUACGAUGUGGUCCACGGAGAGACGGUUGAGAUCCUGAUCGGCCACCAGAACGGCCCCUGCCGCUGCGUGCGGCUGUCAGCGGACAACAAGGAGGUCCUCUCCUGCGGCGCCGACUCCAAGGUCAUCCUGUGGGAGUGGCGCAAGCGCAGCCCCACCCGCAUCUACUCGGGGCACUUCAUCUCCAUCGGCUGCUGCGAUAUGUCCACACAGGGCAACCGAGUGGUGUCGGGCGACAACCACGGCAUGAUCUGCGUGUGGGAGAAGGACAGCGGCAACCCCGUGCAGACGCUCCCCCUGGCGCACUCCAAGGCGGUGCUGUCGGUCACCAUCUCGGCAGAUGGAUCCACCAUCGCCUCCGUGGGAGCGGACGACAAGGUGUCUAUCUGGAACGUGGACAUCGGUAUCGAGCUGGUGUCGCUGACCGCCGCCAUGGAGUCGCACCCGCUCUACUGCUCCUUCUCGCCCGACGGCAACAAGCUGGCGGUGACGGAGAGCAACGGCAACGUGAUGGUGUGGAACGUGGUGGCGGGGUGCCAGUGGUACAUGAUCUACCAGGCCCAUAAGGGCAAGGUGACGGGCUGCUCCUGGUCCGCCGACUGCCGCAAGUUCACCACCUGCGGCACCGACAGCGUGACCAUGGUGUGGGACGCGGAGUCGGGCGCGCCGCUGUUCAAGUUCAACCUGAAGGCGGGGCCGCUCACCUCCUGCGCGGUGUCGCCGUCGGGGAUGUACGUCGCAGCGGGAUCCACCACGGGCACGCUGUCCGUGUCCAACCUGAUGACCGCGGCGCGCACCACCCCCGAGCCCUCCUUCCUCUUCCACUGGCUGGCCACGCACGAGCACCGCGCCUCCAACUUCCUCUACCUGCGUCUGCUGGCCAUGUACCCCUACCUCGCCAACGUGCAGGACGCGCAGGGUUGGUCCAUCGCCCUCCACGCUCUGUCCCGCGGUAACGCCGAGGUCUCCGCCAUCAUCAUGGACUCCCUCGCCAACGACUGCGGCAUCCUGGGCCUCAUAUCUGCCGUACCCUUCUCCAUCCAAACCCGCAUCAAGUUCCAUAACCAAACGGAGGAGCCGCGCGGGCUGUUUGGUGGCGGCGGAGGCGAGGGCGGGCCGGCGCAGCGACCCACGAGCGCGUGGGUCAGUGCUGCUGCCAAGGGCGAGGGCGACAAGAGCAUGCGGCCGAGGACGGCUAUGCGGAGUGGGCCGUCGAUGGGUGGAGGCUUGAUGCCGGAGGGACAGAAGUCGCAGCGCCGAAAGUCGCUGGUGCUGAAAUCGAGCGACGACGACAAUGGCACGCUGCUGGGUAACGACAUGCGUCAGGGCAGCAACCUGCGCGACGUGCUGGUUCAGAAGAGCCGCGCCUCCUUCAGCCAGCAGCUCAAGAAGGUGGCGGUGGAGAUGAUCACGGAGACGCGAGACCAGGACCACAUGGCGCUCAUUCACAACAACGCGGUGGCACUGGCGCUCAACUCCAAGUCCUCGGAGUGCGUGCAGGCUGUGUUGGACGCCGCCGCCGCCAACAAGGUGAGCUGGGGCAGCUACCACGCCAUCACCGACAUGAUGCCCUCCCUGGCGCUGCGCUACCCCAUCAUGUGCUACCACUUCCUGGCGGCACUCGACCUGCGCAACCUGGGGGACCUGGAGGUGCCGGUGGCGGUGCUCAAGGGCCUGGACCGCUCCGUCAUCCGUACGGCGCCCAUCUUCACCAACGUGAAGAACCUGUGGCAGGGUCACCUCAAGCUGCACGAGGUCAAGUUCGGUCCGCAGCCGUACGCGCACGUGAAGGCCAGCAUGGUGCGUCUGCCGUACGCCUGCUCCAUCGGGCGGGACUCGCUGCUGCAGACGCUGGUGGAGAGCGAUGUGCCGGUCAAGGCCUACGGCACCCCCACCCUGCGCGCCAUCAUCAAGCACAAGUGGCGGCUGUACGCGCGGCGCAAGCUGCUGACUCGCUCGCUCAUUUACGUGUGCUACGUGGUGCUGUUCACCGUCACCGGCAUCCUGUACGCCAUGGAGGACCACGCGCUCACCGCCUCCGCCUACUGGAAGACCACACCGGGGCGGGCGCACUUCAUCAUUGAGGUCUACAUCUUUGCGCAGUCCGCCUGGUACGCCUGGACGGAGCUGACCCAGGUGUACGCCAUCGGGCUGAGCCUCUACUUCAAGAGCUACUGGAACACGUUCGACUCGAUGAUGAUCCCGCUGGUGCUGGUCAUUCCGCCGCUGCACGUGAUCCGCAUCAGCGACAACGAAGGGGGCGCGCUGGGGCCGCUCAUAGCACUGGCAAUGGUCAUGGUGUGGUUCAAGUCGCUCUUCUACGGUCUGGCCUUCGAGCCGUUCGGCCCUAUCGUCAACAUGGUGUUCCAGGUCAGCCGCGCCAUCCGACAGUUCCUGCUGAUGCUCUUCAUGUGCUGCUGCGCCUUUGGCGUGUCGCUCAUGGUGCUGUCGCAGUACGUGCCGCACGGGGUGGCGCUGCAGCAGUACAGCAGGGACAGCAGCCAGGACUUUGGUCGCACGCUGUUCACCAUGUGGCGAGCGGUGCUGGGCCAGUUCAGCGUGGACUGGGUGUGGGGCAGCGCCUGGCAGGAGCUGUCCAUCCUGUUCUUCUCCGCCUUCAUGUUCAUCGUGCAGAUCCUGCUGCUGAACAUGCUGAUUGCGCUGAUGCGGGAGGUGUACAACCGGGUGAAGAACACGGAGGAGGACGUCUUCCUAAAGGGUCGCGCCAGCCUGAUUGUGGAGGUGGAGACGCUGAUGGCUCGCAAGCAGCUGGAGCGCUACGCCAACAUGCCUCCCUACGUGCACCUGCUCACACCCGUGAAGCGCAAGGACGUGCGCGACCGGACCGGCGUGGAGGCGCGGCUGGACAAGAUCGAGCACGUGCUCAACAAAUUACUAGAGGCCGCGGACCAAAGCAAACUGGCCGAGCUCAUGGACCCCAACGGCCAGAACCGCCGCAUAGCGGGCUUCGCCGGCCCCGCCGGCCCCGUCACCGCCGCCGCCGCGGCCGCGCUGCCUUCCCACGGCGAGGCUGGCGGCAGCCACGUGGGCGGCGGUGACGUGACCAGCACGGUGCACAACAACUCUGCGUUCACGCAGGAGCAGGUGAACCUGAUUCAGAUGCAGGCCUCCAAGCUGGAGGAGUUCGAGGACCAGUUCCCCGCGGUGCUGCGGCAGCUGGACCGGGUGCAGCGCUCCGUGAACAACCAGGAGCUGCGUUUGGAGGGUGUGGUUGCGGUGCUGCGAGACGUGGAGAACCUGCUCCGAAACCAGCAGCCGGUGGUGAUCCACCAGGAGAACCGCCCGCCGCCCCGCCGCGGCUCCAUCCUCACGGAGGCUGAGCUGGAGGCAGAGGUGAAGAAGCUGCUGGGCACGGGAACUGAGAGGCUGUGAGGAGGGGUGGUGAGGCAUGCGAGGAGAGGCAGAAAGUGCAUGAAGGGACCCGCGGGUCGGUGGAUCUCGUGUAUAAUUUGUGUGUGAGGAUUGGAAGUGGGUGUGGUUGCUAAUGACGCACCGAGGUGCUGGCAGGGGUCAGCGACGGGGGCAUGGCAGUGGCGGCGGGGCAGCGAGGGUGCAGCGGUGCCGGUGCAUGGCUUUUCUAGUUGGGCAAUCGUCGCAGGGGCUCAUGGUAUGGUCGUGCUUGUGGCUGGGGGUUGAAAGGCUACCUGCCGUAUGAAGGUGGGCUUGCAACUCGUUUUGGGUUGCCUCAUCACUAGACCCGUCUUAGAGCUGACCGUGACACUUUGCGCGUGAAAAGCCACUUUUCUCCCCAUGUGACCCGUGGGUCGGCUUGAGCGGCGAAUGUUUGUGUGGCAGCCGAAGCAUGCUUACGUUUCUCCACAGCACUUGUUUAUUGGCGUUGGGGGACGUUUUCCCAUGUGAGUACCUUGUGGCUUGGCUCUCUGCAGCUUUAAAUGGAUGUGGUUAACCUCUUGUGGUCUUAGUCGCGCGCCUUGCUAGCGCCCAAUCGUUUGGACUCGCGUGGCCUGUGUGACUGGUGCUGGCAGCUUAAACACGUCGCUCUGUGUUAGGAUUGGGGGAUGGAAUUGGGGUUGCACAGGGGCCCACAUGGGGGAAACAUUGAAACGAGAAGGGCAUCACUGGUUUGGUUUUGCACCUGCAAAUACUGGACUGGAGUUUGUAGCGCCCGCUGAAAUUGCGGGCUUGACGGUUGGUUGGUUCAUCAUGGUUAGCAUGGUGUACGGGCGCAGGUUUGCCGUGGCGCUUAGCGGCGCGGGUGUUUUGGAAUCGGAUGGACGUUUGAGUGCGAACAAAGAUGUGCUGCCUACGAAUUGCUGCUCUGGACGUCAAAACUAUUUUUGCUGCGGCAGCAUACAUGCGUGAUUACUUCUGCGUAUAUGCGGUUGUGUGUCUUUACGGUUCAAUGUUUGCAUAUGUUAAUUUAGUCCCCGCGUGUGUUGUGAUUUCCCGGCUUACAGUUGGCUGGCGUUACGUAAUCACGAUCGUGUCACAUGUGUCGCGAUGUUUUAGGCACUUGGCUUUGUACGGCAGUACGGCGAACAUGUCGUACUUUACGCCGUACUGCCGUACGGCUUAAGAAUUAGUGUUGAGUUCUCUUCUCUAGAUGUACAUAUAAGCAGAGCAUAUAAGUGUCGCUGGAUGGGUUGUCGCGUUUCUAGGUGUUUACGGUGAUAACAAUUAUUAGCAGAGUGGCGUUGAUAGUCUCUGUCGGCAGGGAAUCCCUUGCUGCCGAAACCACAACACACGCACGCAUUCGCAAAAACGCAACCCCCCCCCGCGCACGCUUCGUCUGUAGCCUAGCAAUCAUGCGUAUUAGCGCUGAAGUAACUAGCUCGGGAGCAACGUCUCCGAGAUUGCGCUCUUCUCCUGUUAUUUGUAAAUUGCCGCACAGUGGCGUCUUCCUUCGGACCCGGUAACAUGAGGAC